CUAUAGUGGAGCACAUGGGGCGACCAGAGCAGUGCUGCAGCCUUUUCAAGCGUGCGCGUUGCCCUGAUCAUAAUCAAAUCAGCAUGCAAGAAAACCAAUGGGAUUAAAAGCACAUGAGAAAUGCAUGCUUAGCAGUGAGGUAUAACCCACAUUCACACAUCCAGGCUCUAAAAUUGUGGGUCAAACCUGCUCCUGUUAUGCCGUGUACAGCCUGCUUUACAUGGCAGAGAAACAGACUCAGGCAAGGUCCUCAUAAAGGAACCGAAGGAGAAGGCUGACACCGCCUCUCAGUGGUGGCUUUGGGAAUUACAGCUGUGAGCAUGUCAGGUCAAGUGUAUAAGGAGAAGAGACGUAGGACAAAGACAAGGAGGAACAACAAAAUGGAAGUGUGUUGAUGAGGAGAAGAGGAAGAGGUGGGUGAGGAGAGGCAGCGGUGGCGGAGGGGAGCUGGGAGACCCGAUCAACAGAACGUGAGAGCCAGCAAGAGGAGGAGAGAAGAGAGAAAGAAUUACAAGAGGACGCUUGGCGAAAGAAGCCUCUUAAAUCUGGGAGCUGGAAUUAGAGCCGCAGAAACUGCAGAGGGGAAGCCACAAAACCACAGUAAAGAUGCCUGCUAACGGGAACCGUCCCUUGAAGUUGCAGUUUGGUCUUAUCAACCAUGAGGGUCGCUACCUCACUGCUGAGGCCUUUGGCUUUAAGGUGAAUGCAUCAGCACCCAGCAUGAAGAAGAAGCAGAUAUGGACUCUAGAGCAGGACUCUCAGGACACCCAGGUGGUCUACUUGCGCAGCCACCUGGGACGCUACCUGGCCUCUGACAAGGACGGCAAAGUCACCUGCGAGGCGGAUGGGCAAAAUUCAGACUGCCGCUUCCUCAUCGUGGCUCAAUCAGAUGGUCGCUGGGCCCUGCAGUCCGAGCAACAUCUCCGCUUCUUCGGGGGCUCUCGGGACUACCUGUCCUGCUUUGCCCAGCUGAUCACAGAUGCUGAGCUGUGGGCAGUGCACCUGGCGCUACAUCCGCAGGCCAACCUGCUGUCUGUGGCCCGCAAGCGUUACGCCCACCUCUCCAUGGAGGAUGGGGAAAUUGCUGUGGAUAUGAACAUUCCCUGGGGUGUGGCAGCGCUCCUGACCCUUGUCUACCUGGAUGGGAAGUACUGCCUUAAGACCUGCGACAGCCGCUUCCUCAGCAAUGAGGGGAAGCUCUUGACGCAGAGUGGGAGGGCCACAGCCUACACGCUGGAGCUGAAGUGUGGAAAGCUUGCCUUUAAAGACUGUGAGGGGAAGUAUUUGUCUCCCAUGGGGCCUACAGGCACCCUGAGGUCUGGACGGUGCUCCAAGCCAGGCAAAGAUGAACUGUUUGACCUAGAAGAGAGCCACCCACAGGUGGUUCUGAUGGCCGCCAAUGGGCGAUAUGUCUCCAUAAGACAAGGAGUAAGCCUUGCAGCCAAUCAGGAGGAUGAGACAGACAUGGAGACAUUUCAGAUGGAGAUUGACAAGGAGACCAAGAAGUGUACAUUCCGCACCAGCCAAGGAAACUACUGGGAUCUAGUGGCCCACGGAGGCAUCCAGAGCACUGCCACUGAAGUGUCAGCAAACACCAUGUUUUCAGUGGAGUGGCUCAGCCACAAGGUGGCACUGAAAGCUAACAAUGGAAAAUAUAUCUGCACCAAGAAGAAUGGUCAGCUCCUGGCUGUCAGUGAUUCCAUAGGCGAGGACGAACAACUCACUUUGAAACUGAUCAACCGACCCAUGCUGAUCCUGAGAGGAGAGAACGGAUUCAUCUGCCACCACAAGAACUCGAACACACUGGACGGCAGCAGAUCGGUCUACGACAUUUUCACACUGCAUUUUAGCAAUGGGGCGUACCACAUUAAAGGUGUCGAUGGGCGGUUCUGGUAUGUGAACAGUGCUGGGCUGGUGUGCUCAGACGGUGAGGUCCCUGAGGAUUUCACUCUGGAGCUCCUGGAACACGGUCGCCUCGCCAUCCGUGGCAAGAAUGGCAAAUACCUGCGUGGAGACCAGGGAGGCACACUGAAGGGAGACGGACUCACCCUGAGCAGCUCAGCCCUUUGGGAGUAUUAACACAAUCCAAUAUUAGUCCUGACUCUGACUCCCCUCUCAUCGUCGAGUUGAUCGGCUGCUAUUCACCAAUCAAAAGCCAGCAUCAAUACUUUAUUAAGGUGAACUCUGUGGCACUUUGAAGUGAAAGACAGUUACUCGUCAGAGACAAGUUACAGCUUGUCCUGAUUUCAUCCCACUUUUCUCUCCUUCCUGUUCCAAAGAGGUGGCAACAGAGACUUGGAACAGAUUAUUGACUCAUAUAGCAGGAGAAAGAACUGACCACAUUCAGCCAAGAAAGUGAUGAAGUGAACAAUGUUUGAAGUCAACUUGAUCAUGAAACAGCAAAAAAAUUGUGUGAAUGAACUUUAGAGUUUCUGUGUUGAUCCUUAAGUUGUUGUUGUUUUUCACUGAGCAUGUGCUGCAAGAUUGAAUCAUUGUCUGAAACUAAAAUACAGAUUUUAAAAAAAACAUUCCUCCAUCUUAGUAAAGACAUGUAGAUUUCUCAGUAUCCUUCAACCGCUGCAGAUGUCAAACCAAGCAAACUUUAUCUUUUCAUGUCAUCGUUUCUCCUCGUCUUUAUCUCUCCAGCCUGUCUCCCUCUCCCUACAGGUAUUACAUUACUGACAGUCUAACAAGUGCAACAAAUCGGGGUGCCAUUUGAGACAGACAAGGUCCCUAUUACAAGAGAGGUCACCUUUUAGCAGUCUUUAGCAUGGUGCUGGUGUCUGGGGAUGUAUAUUAGCAGUCAAGAAUGAUUGGGUUUCUGGUCGUCAACUGCAGAAACAGUAGAAGACUGUAACCGAGACUCAUGUACAUGGUAGCUGUACUAAU